CCAUGGCGAAUGCUUCUGGGAGUAUGAGUGCAGUGAGAGAGACCAUGGAUGUGUUACUUGAAAUAUCAAGAUUAUUGAACACUGGUCUGGAUAUGGAAACUUUGUCUAUCUGCGUGAGACUUUGUGAACAAGGAAUUAAUCCUGAGGCCUUGUCCUCAGUGAUUAAAGAGCUCCGCAGGGCAUCAGAGACGCUGAAGGCUUCUGAAAGCACGGCAAGCUAGUGAAAUCAUGAUGGGUUUUUCUACGACAAAUUUAUACAAGGGAAAUGUUGCAUAUUGACAGUUUAAUGGUGUAUAUUGUAAAUAUGUUUGAUGUCUAAGUUAUUGCUAUCAUUUUGCUUUUGAUCCUGAGCACACGGGUAAUAUUUAAAUGCAAACUAACUGAACAGUUAUGUCCCAUGUGGCCCCCCCCUUUAGUUUCUGGUCUUUGGAAUGUCAAUUAAUGUGUGCUUAUUUUGCACAGUCUAUCUUUUACUCAGUUUUAUUUUCACCCUGAACUGUUUCUUUAAAAGCAAAGGCAAAGAGUUGUUUUACACACCAGGUGAUCAGGAUAUUAAGACUAGAAUACAGUCCGUAUUACUAUUAACAUAAUACUUGCCAAUGUCCAGUGUUUGAAAGUUGCCAGCAAUGGAGAUAGGGAGCUAAAAAUUAAGCAGCCUACAUGCACGUUUCCUUGCAGAAGCCUAUAGGCCGAUUUAUCAAAAGUCAAGAUUGUGGUUUUUUUUUGUGAUUCAAGAAAAACCAUGAAUGUAUCUGAGAAUUUAUUUCAGAUUUUCUGCCAUAUUGAAAAUGAUUGGAACAGUGUGAUUUUCAUUUUCUGUGCAUUUUUUUUUAAAUAUGCUGGUGCUCGAGAAUAAAAAAAAUAUAUGCUGUAAA